UGUGACGUACAAACGUGGAGGACUGGAACUCCUCGCGCGGUACUCUACUGGUAUACAAGACGAACGAUUCAGGGAGGGGGGAGGGACAGGGAAGCCUCAAGGAGGCUAGAGCAGAACACCAGAGAAAAGGAGCCAGUCCCUAGUCGAAUCGGAGAGGGAACGCGGUCAAGAUCACUGGUGAGGUGGUGACCCAUCGUCUCGAACCAACUGAGAGGCUGAGGCUGCUACUUCCAAUUCCUCGAUCUGGACUACCCAAACAAUUUGCCUUUCUUCGGAAUACAACGUUACUUGCUCGCAAGGAUGUAGGCUAGUAGUCUGUUGUCUUCGUCGACGCAUAUGAUCAGGAGAAUCGCUGGGAAUCCAAGCGAAGAGCCAUUUUCUAUUAGACCUCGCAUUGUUAAACUCCCUUUAUGGUGGUCUAUGCAUCGUCGCGAGACUGUUCCCUCCCAACUGGUCAUGCGUUUUGUUGUUGCGUCGCGCAACGACUGGUAGUAUAGCCAACCACUGCGCCCGAAUCCGCGUAUCGAACGUUUUUUGAAGGAGUUGAGGUUUUAUUACAAAGUAACAAAGACAACUGGGAUGAAACCGCAACAUUUACAGUUUUCACCUCUGUGAAAGCAAUUCGACGUCCAUCUUUCUCUUAUAGCCUAUUGGUCGAAGUGCAGUGGAAGCCUAUCCUACCUCUUUUCUCCAGGUUUGUUUUCACCGUGGACAGUUCGGGACUGUAAACUAGGCUAGCUGGUAUUUUGAACCAAAAUAAGUGAGUCUUGGGAUUGCCUUUUUGCUGCUGCCAAAACACUUGUCAAUUAGCCUAUUCUCCAAAGUUAAAGAUCAUUCACGACUUUGCCUUUUUAGAAGAAAAGGGAUGUUUUUUUGUCGUUGAUCAAUACAUGCUCGAUUUACAAUAAACAUACACCUAUUUAAAUGAUUGAAAAUGUGAUGAUAUGUGGGCAGGCUACUGUUAGACAUACCUUGCUUAUCUCAUUAUUUCAGGGGAGAGCAUAGAUUAAAUGUGAAGAUUUUGAAGACGCCUGAAAUCUAGGCCUACAAGUUCGUGGUAGGUGACCUGUGUUUUUAGGCUAUUGCCCUCCCCUCCCCCCAAAGAAGUCUAGACACUUAGCCGAACUCAGACCUGCAAAGACGCUGAAUUUGAAGUCACCAUGGAUUCGGGCAUGGACGAUCAAACCCACAUGAUGUCUGGUGCUAUUGGACUCAGCGGCAUCUCGCGGACCGACGUGGCUGACCUGGGUUCAUCUCGGAAGCACGCGUAUCAGGGCCAGCCACAGGACAUUGGCGACAUCCUGCAGCAAAUCAUGGCCAUCACAGACGAGAGCCUCGACGAGGCACAAGCCAGGAAACAUGCGCUGAACUGCCACAGCAUGAAGCCGGCCCUAUUCAGUGUUCUGUGUGAGAUUAAGGAAAAGACAGUUCUCAGUAUGCGCGGGGCGCAGGAGGAGGAGUCUCCGGACGCUCAGAUCAUGCGAUUGGACAACAUGCUGCUGGCGGAGGGCGUGUCCGGUCCGGAGAAGGGCGCGGCUGCCGCCGCCGCCGCCGCUCUGGCCGCAGCCGGGGAGUCGUUCAACGACAACAGCGCAGAGCACUCGGACUACCGCGACAAGCUGGCCCAGAUCAGACAGAUCUACCACUCCGAACUGGAGAAAUACGAACAGGCCUGUAACGAGUUCACCACCCACGUGAUGAACCUGCUGCGGGAGCAGUCUCGCACGCGGCCCAUCUCGCCUAAGGAGAUCGAGCGCAUGGUGGCCAUCAUCCAGCGCAAGUUCAGCUCCAUCCAGAUGCAGCUCAAACAGAGCACCUGCGAGGCCGUCAUGAUCCUGCGCUCGCGCUUCCUCGAUGCCAGGAGAAAGCGCCGUAACUUCACCAAGCAGGCCAUCGAGGUCCUGAACGAGUACUUCUACUCCCACCUGGCCAACCCGUACCCCAGCGAGGAGGUCAAGGAGGAGCUGGCCAAGAAGUGCUCCAUCACCGUAUCACAGGUGUGUAACUGGUUUGGGAAUAAGAGGAUUCGCUAUAAGAAGAAUAUUGGGAAGUAUCAGGAGGAGGCCAACCUGUACGCAGUCAGGACAGCCGUGGACGCAACCAACACCUCAACGCACAGUAGCCAAGCCAGCUCGCCACACACACCAAACUCAGGUGGAUACCCAGCACCCUGUUACACACCUGAUGGGCGGUUAUGAGACCCCGCCCACUCACUCAGCCAAUUAGAAUGACAAUUUCAGCAACCGAUCUCUCACUCACUCUCUCACACACACACACACACACACACACACACUUUCUCUUCAUUAGGUUGUGAGUGAGGAGAUGAAGAGGAUGGAUAUCAAACAAAGUCUUUAUACUGUAUUCUCAGAGUGAUUCUGUUUCUUUUCUCUCUUUAAAAAAAUCCCUUCCUCCUCAUUUUAUAAUACAUAAUUUAAUCACAUAUUGUAGAAUAGCUCUUUGUUUCUAACACCACCUCACUGACUGGUGAACCAGGAGGCACCCGCACAAGGGCCGACCCAGGAGCAGGAGGCUUACGGAGGGAGCACUGGUGACGUGGACUCCUCAUGUUACCAUGAACACACAUUAAUAAAGAAAGAUCUA